GAUUCCUCGCUGAUAUGAUCUCAAGUUAUAAAGUGAAAAGUUGAUUUUUUGUGAAUAUGUUCGGUUUUUUGAUUGGUGCCUCUCUGUUCGUGGUUGUGCUUUUUGCUGUGCUGCCCUUGUUGCUUUUCAAGUUCGUAGUCAGUCAGCUGCUUCAAUCAGUAUGGUUCUGGUUGAUCUCAUUGAUUUACCCAGACUUGGAAUUCGUGAAAACAACCACCGUUAGAAGUCUCCUAGAUACUCACAGGAACCAAGGUAUCGGUUCGAUACUGUUGAGAGUUAAAGGUCCCGCACAACCUGAUGCUGUAAAACGGCACUUGCAGGAAGUGGUGAACAGAAGGAGCAAAAAUGGAAAACUGAGCUUCCCCAGACUCCACCAAGCGCUGGUCACCAAAGGCGCCCAAUACGCCUGGAAAAAGGUGCAGUUUGACAUCGAGAAAAACGUUUCGGUCUCCACGGGUAUCUUCAAGAAUCGCCCCGUUACAGAGUUCAAUAUUCAGGAAUAUGUGAGCGAUCUUGUCUCCAAAUAUCUGCCACCAAACUGCUCCCCAUGGCACAUCAUCAUUAUACCUACCUUGGAAGACCACCAUUACAUCUUAUUGAAAUUGCAUCAUAUUCUACUCAAUGAACACCUCAACAUCGGUGAUCUCCUACCUUUAAUUCCGCCAACUAAACCCAGCACCGGAUUCUUCGCUUCAGACAGCCCCCUCAACAAUAUCUUCAAGAAACCCAAGUCGACGCCGAAACUCCUGGAACACAUCGUGUUGGAACUGACGAAUUUCUGGAACGAGUUCUUGUCGAAUUACGAUCCGUUGGAAAACGUGGCGUUGCUGAAAGACAACCCUAGUUUCACCCAAUUUUUGGCGAUAGCGUUCAUCACUUUCGUUUCGAUUGUGAAAGAAAUCAGACGCGGAUUUAGAGUUAUCAAACCUGAUCUUCAUUCUAGGUUCACUUUCGUGUCUUACACCAUCGAGAAGGAGAAGAACAAGAGGCAGUUGCACCUGUCGGUUUUUCUCAAAUCGAUCGUGGUUUCCCUGGAUCCCAGGAAUCUGUUCAGGAUUUCCCUGAAGCUGUUUUGGACGUGUUGUAUUUCGUUGCCCGUUCUUCUACCUUCCAUGUUGAUUUCCGAGUUUUUCGCCUUGUAUCAGUGCGUCGUUUACGGUUAUUGCAACAACAUCAACACUUUCGUCGGUUCGAUAAAAACUUACGUACCUUUGAUAUACGGCGCUCUGUUCGAAUUCAUAGAAUUGGCCAAGAUAAUAUUUUAUUCGCCUAAAAACAUAAUCUCUCAUAUUUUGUGCCAGAAAGAAUACCUUCAAACGGUCACUUUGAGCGGCAGGAAAUGCGUGGCCUGGUCUGAACCUAUAAAAAGCAGCUAUCUGAAAACUAUAUCGAAAAAUUUCGCUGUGUCGGAACUUGAAAUCAUGCUGACGGCCUUCAGCAAGAACCUCUCGAAAUACCUGAAACAAACGGACCACGUGAUCCCCGAAGAAAUAGCGAUUUUCAUGAGAAAUAUAAAUUCCAACUAUGUAUUUGCUACCGGGGUUAACGUGAGACCUGAGGAUUCUUGCAGCGGUAUACUUUUCAUGGGUUUGCCGGUCUUGAAUGAGGAAAAGGGCGAUACCAUGAUCGAGAAUUUAGUGAAGAUCAGAAAUAGGUUGAAUGAGAGUCUGGAGAAACAACAGAUGUCCUAUUUCUUGACGAUUUUGCAAACCAAGUUUGGGAUUUUAACCGAAGUUUUGCCUUCCAUCCUCCUGAUCAUUUAUUUGAGGUAUUUGUCUAGAAAAUUCGCCAUAUCUGUUACCGAAGUAUCUAGUAGACAUCCGAAUGUUACUCAGAAGACUAUCUGGGGCCAAGAAGUAGAGAGUGCCAUAUAUUUCAGACCCCCACAGGCGAACACUUGUAUUUCCGUGUGUUUUAACGAGUAUGCUGACCAUGUCAAAUUGGGGGUUAUUUGUGAUACCCGUCUGAUACCUAAUCAUGUGCUUUUAGCGAGAAAUUUCGUCAGCCAUAUUGAGGACCUGACUCGUUACACUCCCUCUUCACAUUAGCAUUUCUUUCAGUUGCAUAACUGAUGAUUUUUUACCACAAGCAACAUCGGUUUCUCUUUAGAAUAAUAAAUAUUUAUAACAAAAA